CUGGAGGCACAGCACAUUGCGAGCGCAUAUCGUGACGCUCAAGGAGCCGGGACACCCAUGGCUAUCAAAUGGAUUACUCUGCCAUACACUUGUGAACUCCAACAACACAGCGCGGACAAUACGGUCAGGAGGCACACAAAGGACCUGCACAGAGCUUGCAGAAAUUGUUUGUCACACUGACAGAAAAUAAAAAAAAACUACCUGGCUUUAAUGAGGACGCGUUCAUUCAGGAGCCAGCUGAUAGCAGGCUGAGCGGAGGGACUUGGACUGACAGCACUGAAGAUGUGAGUGAAUAUUUUGGGGGGGAACUCUCUUGCCUCUUGUAACACAGCUGUAUCAAGUGGAUCACAACCAACAAGACGAGAGCAUAACACACACCAAGAGAAAAGGACACGCGUGAGAAAGCUUACCAUGCACUGACAACAAGGAAUGGAAAGCAUCAGUGUGGAAACGGGCUGGGAUGGGUUGGCCCUCUCCUCUCUGGUCGCCACAGGAAAGAGCAACUUCUCCUCCUCGUCUUUGUUUGUCUCUGAACUGAACUCCCUGAACAGUUCUCACAGCGGGGGGUCCUUCUUCGGGAUCUUCCCUGAGAAUGGUACUACCACCACGCCUCACACCCUGCCCCAGCCCAGGAUGAGGGACCUGGGCCUUGCCCGGGCAGAGAUCGCAGUGCUCGGGGUGGUGCUGGCUCUUACCACCCUGGGGAACAGCUUUGUGCUGUGGGUGCUGCUGAGGAGGAGGAAGCACAAUGCGCCAAUGCACGUGUUCAUGGUGAACCUGUGUGUGGCUGACCUGGCGGUGGCCCUCUUUCAGGUUCUUCCCCAGCUAAUAUGGGACAUCACAGAAAAGUUCCAGGGGCCUGACUUUCUCUGCCGGUCCAUCAAGUACUUGCAGAUUGUGGGCAUGUUUGCUUCCUCCUACAUGAUAGUUGCCAUGACAGUAGACCGACACCAGGCCAUCUGCUGCCCUUUGCAGGCCUACCGUGGGGGAGCGAUGUCCCGCUGGAACACCCCUGUCAUGGUGGCCUGGGGCUUGGCGCUAGUUCUCAGCAUACCGCAGGUGUUCAUCUUCUCUCGGUCAGAAGUGGCUCAUGGAGAGUUUGAGUGCUGGGGUCACUUUGCUGAGCCGUGGGGGCUGAAGGCCUACGUCACCUGGAUGACCGUGGCUGUAUUCCUCCUGCCCGCACUCAUCAUUACCAUCUGUCAGAUAAGAAUCUUCCGAGAGAUUCACAAUAACAUCUACCUGAAGUCAGAGAGGAUGGUGAUGGCUGAGCUGAAGAAGAACGAAAUCUUCUUCCGCUUUCACAGUUUUAAGAAGGUGGACGAACGUGCCAGGGAGAGGGGGAGACGGGCAUCCGGAGGAGGGGUCAGGGAUGGCAGAGGGGGACAGCUCUUAAAGGGUGUGAAUAACAAUCCACACAGUAACACCCAUAGCAGCCAAGAGUGUUACGACUACGUACCAACAGCUAUUCAGUACAACAGUUGCUGUGGGGAACAUGUGACAACAGCAUUGCCUACACAGCAGCACUGUGCACUGAACAACUCAGAUUGCCAUGACGAGCUGGCCUCAGGCUCACCACGCUGCUCCCUUGACUAUGCCCCCCCUCCCCCUCCAGCCACUCCGCCUCCAAGCAUCACUAAAGCCAUGUCCAAGACGGUGAGGAUGACUCUGGUCAUCGUGUUGGUCUAUACUAUCUGCUGGUCACCUUUCUUCAUUGUGCAGCUUUGGGCGGCCUGGGACCCCAACCCUCCAGACCAAGCAGGCGUGGCCUUCACCAUCCUGAUGCUGCUGGCCAGUCUGAACUCGUGCACCAACCCGUGGAUCUACACAGCUUUCUCCAGCAGCGUGUCCAGAGAGAUGCAGAACCUGCUGCAAUGUCGGUCACGAGCUGGCCGCAGGGGCUCCCUGCCUGACGACUCCACCACCACACACACCUCCACCACCAAGGACAGCCUGUACUGACAGAGACUGAUGAAACAGAUACAGACAUAUUUGAAAAAGACAUGCACGGAUGCACGUGGGCCCUUUGCAAGGACGUGCCGUUGUACAUAACUCUGCCACCAUCACCUCCAGCGUCGCAGCCUGAGAGCAGAGCAUGUUGACCUCUACCAGAUGUUUCCAACAAUAAAGGACAGCUGUACUGUCAACAGGACCUCUAUCUGUAAUCACCGGUCCUCUCCACCCCAGCAGAGGGGAAGGAUGUCAUUGAGGAUAUCAACACCAUUUGAUGAGGGCACUGUGGAAUAUACAGUGACAGCAUCUGUGAUGCAAAAUGGCCUUGAAAGUAAAGAGAUUUUCACCUCAGCUGUGGAUAGGACCCUUUGCAUUGAUUCAUACGAGAAAAACUCUUUCCCUGCCCAGACAGAGUGGAGGAGCAGGAAUGCAAGGGGUGGAUCACUGCAUUAAUAGCCUUACGGCACGCCUAAUGUACAAAGCAGCAGACAGGGCUAUGGGUGUAGAGAAAACAAAGCAGUAGGCGAAGGGAAAGAGACAGAGAAACACAUACGGGCAGAGAGGGAGAGAGCGAGACUGCUGCUGGACUGAGAACAGACAGGGGAUGACAUGGAUGUUACAGCUGCAGGAACAGCCCUGAGAAGGCUGCAGGAGAAAUCUAAUAAUGUGAACAAACGUUGUUGAAUUAGAGAAAGUGGAUGAGAGGCGGAUGCUUGAGGCUGAAUUCAUAUUCGCUCAGAAGGAAUCCAGUUCCAUGGAAAAAGAGUGAUUAGCAAGAUGGACGCAGAUUCACUCAUGAGGGCAGUGCGGUAGAGUCAACACACUGUCCCACGAGGAACUGGAAUGGCGUGGAUUACUGCAGACAGACAAACACAUACACACACACACAAAAGAACCAGAGGUGACAGAAGGGGGAUUAAACCUAGAAGAAUACAAAUGAACAAUCCAAAUUUCUGCAACUAACCGGGACACAAUUACCUGAUUGUGUUUUGUACAAACACAACAUAUGAGGUACAUAAAAUUACCUUCCUGUCAUGCUCUCCUUAAUGAACAUUAUGCAGAAGAUGCAGGAAGGAAACAAACAGCAUUCCAUGCACAGUGAUGAACAAUGUAAAGUAUAUUUAUUAAAAAUGUAAGGCACAUUAUAUAUUACUACUUUUUGUGUAAGAUGAAUGUUGAAUGUGUAACAGAAAACAACAAGGGGAUGUCAAACCAAAGAUUUUUUAAAGCUCAACUCUGUCAGUUCAGGUCUUAAUAGUCAUUGCAAAGCUUCAACAGAUACGACACAUAGAGUGCUGCAGGGGUGACGUUUUUUCUGUAGGUCAAUAUAGAAGAUAGCAUCACCCUGGUUCCCUUGAAAAAAGCCAGUGGGAUUUUUGCAUUGGAUUUUGGAUUAUUGCAGAAAAUAAGCUCUAUCACAAACAAAAGUUUAUAGUUCUUGCAUGUUUUGUUCAGCAAGAUAAUCUUCACAAAUGAAAACCACUCUUAUGACUUUGAAGUGUAAAUGUAGUCACUACAAGUAAAAAGCCAACAUUGUGCUAUAAACAACACCAUAGUUACGUGACCUAACAUCACCACCACCACGAGGCUGUGAAACUGUGUUCACUUGUUACACUUAAAGGCUCCAAAAUUUACAAAUGGGGUAUUUAUGUCACAGAACAAAAUGUUAAAGUCUUUUAAGCUUGCGUUAACCACAGACUUUACUUCAGGCAUCUAACCAAAAAAAAAAAACCCCACUGACUUU